UUGUAGGUCAUCUAGUCCAACCCCUGCCCGAGCAGGAGACCCUGCACCAUUUCUGACAGAGGGCAGUCCAGGUCUCUUCUUGAAGUCUCCAGUGAUGAAGCUCCCACGACUUCCGAAGGCAGCUUCUGUUCCAUCGGUUGAUUGUUCUCACUGUCAGAAAAUUUCUCCUUAUUUCCAGGUUGAAUCUCUCCUUGAUCAGUUUCCAUCCAUUGUUCCUUGUCUGGCCUUCCGGUGCUUUGGAAAAUACACAACGUGGUUACCAACAAAAGGGUAACAAAUGAUUUCAUGCUUACAUAGGAAUUAAAUAGCCACCGAUUUAAAAUGUAAUUUGCGUUUUGAAAGGAAAGCCUAUUGCUCCCAAAGUAAAUAAAUUACCAAGUGGUGUUUCUAUUGCCUUCCUAAUUAAUUAAUUAAUUAAAUGAUUUAUAUUGAUAUAUUGACCAUCAAUUGUGUUGUAAAUGUUGUACCUUGAUGAAGGUAUCUUUUCUUUUAUGCACACUGAGAGCAUAUGCACCAAGACAAAUUCCUUGUGUGUCCAAUCACACUUGGCCAAUAAAAUUCUAUUCUAUUCUAUUCUAUUCUAUUCUAUUCUAUUCUAUUCUAUUCUAUUCUAUUCUAUUCUAUUCUAUUCUAUUCUAUUCUAUUCUGUUCUGUUGAGAUGUUGAGACUCUAGAAAGAGUGCAGAGAAGAGCAACAAAGAUGAUUAGGGGACUGGAGGCUAAAACAUAUGAAGAACGGUUGCAGGAACUGGGUAUGUCUAGUUUAACAAAAAGAAGGACUAGGGGAGACAUGAUAGCUGUGUUCCAAUAUCUCAGGGGCUGCCACAAAGAAGAGGGAGUCGGGCUGUUCUCCAAAGCACCUGAGGGUAGAACAAGAAGCAAUGGGUGGAAACUGAUCAAAGAAAGAAGCAACUUAGAACUAAGGAGAAAUUUCCUGACAGUUAGAACAAUUAAUAAGUGGAACGACUUGCCUGCAGAAGUUGUGAAUGCUCCAACACUGGAAAUUUUUAAGAAAAUGUUGGAUAACCAUCUGACUGAGAUGGUGUAGGGUUUCCUGCCUGGGCAGGGGGUUGGACUAGAAGGCCUCCAAGGUCCCUUCCAACUCUGAUGUUAUGUUAUGUUAUGUUAUGUUAUUCUAAUUAAAGGAGAGAAGCAACCUAAUUAAAGGAGAGACGCAACCUAGAACUAAGGAGAAAUUUCCUGACAGUGAGAACAAUCAACCAAUGGAACAGUGUUGGUGCUCCAAAACUGAAGAUUUUAAAGAAGAGACUGGACAGCCACUUGUUUCGAAUGGCGUAGGGUCUGCUGCUUGAGCAGAGGGGUUGGCCUAGAUGACCUCUAAGUCAGGAGUUGCCAACCUUUCGGAUCUCAGGGACCACUAAAUUCAUAAUUUUAAAUCCUGCGGACCAAUAAAACGAAUUUUUCAAAAAGAUAAAUAGUAUGUAGUGCAAUAUAAAAACCGCAAAUAGGUUUUCUGUGGACCAACCAAUUUUUCUUACGGACCACCAAUGGUCGGCGGACCCACUGGUUGGUGACCGCUGCUCUAAGGUCCCUUCCAGCUUAUUCUGAUUGAAGAAAAACUCUUGAAGAAAAUGUAGCCAAAGUACCAGAUGUUGCGGGUGCUCCAACACUGGAAGUUUUUAAGCAGAGAUUGGACAACCGUUUGUCUGAAACGAUACAGGUUUUCCUGCCCGAGCAGAGGGAUUGGACUAGAUGACCUCCAAGGUCCUUUCCCACUAUGUUAUUUUGCUGUUCUUCUCAUCCUCUGCUCCCCUUCUCUAUAAUACAGAUGCAUCGUUCUAAUUUUGCUUCGGCUAUAAAAACGAAGUGCUGCCGCCGUGUGGCCGAUGUCACGCAGCGCACGAUGGAGAGAGCGAAAGGAGGACCGUCUUCAAUUUCCCUCCGUGCCUUUGAGAUCUGAGGCAGCCGAGAUGGUUUCUCCAGACCUGGGAGGCGUCUCCUCCGAUCGUCUCCCUCCAGCAAAGCCUUCCUGCGGCCCCCCCAGGGACCAAAGAGGCAGCCCAAACAGCCUUCUCUGGGCCUGAUCUUCAUGGGGGAGUUUAACCCCUUUCCUUCUGCAGGGAGAACGGACACCGCAAAUCUUUUGAUGCAGGUGUGAGAUUUUUUUUCCCCUUCUCCCUUUUUUCCCCCUCUUCGAUCCGGUCACACUGCAUGCUUGGUCUCGAUGCCAGCAAGACCCCCAGGCCCUAAAUCUUGGCAUGGGACGCAUCUGGACGUGGGAAGGCGCCUCCUUCGAAAAUGGGGAACAAGCAAACCAUCUUUACGGAUGAACAAUUAGACGCCUAUCAGGACUGCACCUUCUUCACGCGAAAGGAGAUCCUCAGGUUGCACGGCCGCUAUCACGAACUGGCUCCGAACAUGGUUCCCAUGGAUUACACCAAGAAUCCAGAUAUUAAGCUCCCUCUGCAGCUCAUAGAAAACAUGCCGGAAUUAAAGGAAAAUCCCUUCAGGCAGAGAAUUGUCCGUUCUUUCUCAGAAGACCCAGAAGGAAGUCUCAGCUUUAAUGAUUUUGUUGACAUGUUUUCUGUACUUAGUGAAAUGGCUCCCCGGGAACUGAAAGCAAUCUAUGCCUUUAAGAUUUACGAUUUUAACACCGACAACUUCAUUUGCAAAUCUGACCUGGAACAAACGCUGAACAAAUUGACCAAGGAAGAGCUGACUGAGGAGGAGGUUAGCCUGGUGUGUGAAAAGGUCAUUGAAGAAGCCGACAUGGAUGGAGAUGGGAAGCUUGGAUUUGCAGAUUUCGAGAACAUGAUUUCCAAAGCUCCAGAUUUUCUCAGCACCUUCCACAUACGAAUCUGAAACCCAUGGGGCUGAGCCACCGGAAGCCAGGCUGGUUGCCGUCUUCCUGGCUUCUUUCUCCUCCUUUCCUUGAUGCUGCAGCAAAGGACUCGCUGAAUCCUGGCCCAGCAGAGGCAGGACUAUUUCCCAAGAUCUUUGGAAUAUCCCUGGAUUGUUAUUAUUACUACUAACUUGGUUUUUGUUUUUAAAAACAACAACGCCCCACAAAUGGGCCUGUUCCCUUCGUGGGACACACCUUGUUGGACUGUUAUUUUUUUAAAACUGGGCCACCACCGAGCCGUCCGUGGGGUUUCCUUGUCAUUUUUAUACGUGUCUCUACUAGCCCUCUUGAGCAAAAAGAAGACAAAAUCCCAAGGGCAACUUCACCGAGAUGUUGAAUCUUCCUGAAAGGACUUGAUCAAACCGAAGCACUGGAACUCCCAAGAGAAGGAGGUCCCCAGAUUUAAAACCAGGCGACACUCUCACCCCCACCCCGCUGGAUUCGUGCAGCAGAAGAAAACCGCCGGUGCCCAGAACGAGGCGCUUCAUCCACCGGACGUUGGGUGAAGACUUUCCUCCUCAAUGAAACUUGAAAUAUUUCCUCCUCGUUUCUCCUGCCUCCCAUAAGGGCAUUCUGCAUUAGCAAAUCAAUGCCUUUCCCAAAACGGGAUAUGCCUCUCUUCCUAUCCUGAUUGCAUUAAGCUGACCGAUUGCAAAAAAACAAACAAAAAUAAAAAAAUAAACGAAAGAACGAAACGAACGAAAACAAAGGACGAAAACAAAGGGGGACACAAAACACACAACCUACACCUUUCGCCAUCGCACAACCCGGGAAGCCGCCUAAGGCAGUUUUCCUCGUUGGGAUGGGUGACCGCCAUGUGUUUCUCUCUUCUCCGAAACCAGCUGUAUUUCGUACUUUACUUCUUUUUUUUCCCCUUCUUUCGGUUUGGGUUCUUGGCUAAUCAACUAGGCAUGAUGACAAUCAUAUCUUACCACCGUUUUUCACACACAAUCUCCUGGAAGGGCUUUGCUACAUAUUGUGUGGCUUCUGUAAAUUAUCCAGAAUUAAAACGUCGGCCGGUUUUACUGAUGUAAGAUGGUUUUCU